UUCAACGCAGCAACAUCCUGGGUAAUUAGAGGUUCAAUGGUGUCCAAGAUGUACCUGUAACUCCCAACGGACCUCAUCGCAGCAUCCUGGUCUCCCAACCCCCGGCCCAGACGGAGGGAGCCGUCAUCGGCUUCUCCCCCCCGCGGGGUUCCCUGGAUCCCUGGAUCCCACCACCCCCUUUCAACCCGGGUCGAAACCCUCGUCGGUGGACAGUGGAGCCGUCGGCCGAGAGACUGACAGAGUUUGGAUUUCGGUUCCUUUUCGCCCGAGACACCAGCAUCCACACCGCCGUCCACGAAUGAGGAGCCCUUGGCCCUUCACGACUCCAUGCUUUUCCCUUACAGAGCACUCACGCGCAAAUUGAACAGCGGGCAACCAGCAUUCAUCCAGCUUAGCGGUCCCGCCGUCGAGGGGCCCCCGUCUCUCUCAUAACCCAUGGAUCAUGCGGGGAAAUGUCAGGUUCGAGGUCGUCACGGACUCACGGCAGGGAGAGAUGCGGGGAGAACGGUUGAUGGCAACCCCAGAUAACCCCAGUUGCCGAGAUCCGCUGUCAACGACACCGCCGGCCUGGGAAAUGAUAAAGAGUGGAUGGAACGCCGUACUAGGCUCUUAAGGAAAGGAGAGUUCCCUUGGUCCCCCCCCCCCAGCUGUUCUCCUCUGUCUCUAGGACCGCCCGCGAAUCCCUCCCUUCCCCGCUCCCCGACGAAGCUGCCGAACUCUCGCAGAAAUGAGGUUGUCAUUGUGUUCCCUGCUCUUCGGAGCCAGUGCGGUGCUCUCCGCGCCCGCCCAGCGGUCCGAAGCCGACGGCAGACACACCCUCUGGCUCGCCGGCGACAGCACCAUGGCGCCGGACGGCGGCCACAACGGCACCCAGGGCUGGGGCGAGUACCUGCACUACUCGCUCGACGCCUCCAGGAUCCGCGUCAACAACUCGGCCUACGCCGGCCGGAGCGCGCGCACUUUCACGCGCGAGGGCCGCUUCCAGCGCAUCAUCGACCAGGUCAAGCCGGGCGACUGGGUGGUCAUUGAGUUUGGCCACAACGACGGUCCUGGAAACCCCAUCAACGACACCGUCAAGAACCGAGUCGACUGCCCCGGCAUCGGAAACAACACCUGCCCGGUGACAUUUAACGGCGAACCCGAGAUCGUCCAGACGUACACUACCUACCUGCGUAACGCGUCCUCCAUCUUCCUAUCCCUCGGCGCCAGGGUUGUCAUCUCGACCUCGACCCCGAUCAACCCGUACAGCACGGGGACCUUCUCCUGGGCCCCGACCAUCUACUCGUGGUACUCGUGGCACGUCGUCGAGUCCCUCGGCGGCCCCGCGGCCGGCAUCUACUACGUGCCUCACGGCAACUACAGCGCCCAGGCCCUUGAGGUGCAGGGCCCCGCCGCCGCCGUCGAGGGGUUCCCCAUGGACCCCGUCCACAUGUCGCCCAGGCUCGCCGACUCCUUCGCCGGCGCCUUCGUCCUCGGGUUGAAGUGCGGCACGUCGCCGCUGCAGCAGUAUUUCGUGAACGCAACGUCGAGGCUCGAGGGCGACAGGCUGGGUACUUGCCUGCAGGUGAAUGCGACGCUGCCCAUCUAAGCGUGAAGCUUUUU